CUUCGUGUACCUGCCCACUUUGCAGAUACAAAACCCAAUCGAAUCCGCUGUAGCUUCAGCUCUCAUGUCACUAUCGCGGCCCCUCAUAUUCCGUGCCCUGCCCCGCAUACAACGCCAAACAAGAACUCCCUUCUCUACUUACACCAGACACCUACAAGACAACAAUACCACCACCAUGGCUGAAAGACCAACCGGACUCAAAGCAACCAGCGGCAUCGAGCUGCUCACCUUCCCUACUCCCAAUGGCGUGAAAGCUUCCAUUCUUCUGGAGGAGCUCAAGGCCGCCUAUGGAAAGGAAUACACAGUCCAGUCAAUCGAUAUCAGCAAAAACAUCCAGAAGGAGGAGUGGUUCACCAAGCUGGGUCCCAAUGGCCGUAUUCCCGUCAUAGUGGAUCACGACCAAGGUGGUUUUGCUGUUCAGGAAGGUCUUGCUAUCCUCGCGUACCUGACCCGUCACUACGAUCCCGACCACAAAUUCUCCUUCACAGACCCUCUCGACAUUAGCCGCGCUGAGCAAUGGAUGGCGUGGCAGCAUGGCGGACUUGGCCCCAUGCAAGGUCAAGCAAAUCACUUCAACAGGUUUGCCCCCGAGCGCAUCGCGUACGGUAUGCAGCGUUACACAGGCGAGACUGAGCGUCUUGUUGGCGUCCUUGACACCCACUUGAAGGACAAAGAGUACCUGGUCGGUAACAAAUACAGCAUAGCUGACAUCAACUCAUUCGGAUGGGUCAAUGCGCUGCGAUUCUCGGGUGUCGAAAUCAACAAUUUCCCUAACCUCAAAGCAUGGUGGGAGAGGAUCCUUGCCCGUCCCCAGGUCGCUGCAGGCCUGGCGGUACCCUUCGAUAUUGGGCUCGGAAACAACAAGUACCUGGAGAAGUUGGAGAAUGACAAGGAGUACGCGGAGAAGGAGAAGACGUUGAAGGAGCAGAUCCAGGCCGCCAAGGACAAGUAUGGGUACAAGUACUCAUCACCCUAAACAGUGUACGUGUGUAGCGUUUGUGAAAUGUGAGAAAAAUAGCAAAAGAACUAUCAAGUCCAAUUGAAAAGAGCCCAUUGCUGUUUUGCUGUACCCAAUCAUGGUUGUGUUGCAAUGCGGAGAGUCCGCCCAGACACUGAACAAGCGCAACAGGCACCAUGGCCCCACUCCAGCGCUUUGAACGGAUUUUUUCUCAGGCCAUAGAGACCGUUAUGGAACGCUCAUACAUCGUCCUUCCUUGAGAACAUCUGAAACCGCCUGGAAUAGACAUGUAAAACAACGCGUUGAGGUUUGGGAGAACGCUGGCCAAUCAUGCCCGGGCUGACCCCGGUCCCAAAGACUCACGAUACGCGGGCGCCUAUGACGGAGUGGCAGCGCCCACAGUGACAGGCCAGCGCUCACAGUACAACACAAUAGGAGCAAUAGACAGGCGCCCACAGAGCCAGCGCGCGACGCAAACGCGAUCAAGCGGGCCAUCUGGCCAGCGGCUUUCGGCUUCAAUGCGACAAUAUAUAAGAGAUGCAGCAGUCUUCACUCACUAGACACAGCUCACCGCAACAACACCACGUGCGCUUCACGGACGUCUUCCCUUUCAACUCUCUCACAUCUUCUCUUCUUCACGGCGAGCUGCGCUCCACUGUGCUUUUUUAUUUAAUUGUGAACAAACCUCUUGUUUGCUCCUUAUCUCUCUUUGUCCUGCAACCGCUCCCUCAUC